CGUCCCGGGUUCCAAGCUCCCCAGUGACAGCAGCUGCAGGAAGCAGGCGGGCCCUCCCCAGGCGGUAGGCCUGUUCUCUGAGCGGAGCCCUCUGGACACGUCCCACUUAACUCCCAUCUUGGGCCCCGGGUCCGGGCAUGGCGAAGUCCCCAGGGAACUCUGCCGUAGAGGAGAUUCUAGGGCAAUAUCAACGGAGCCUCCGGGAACGUGCCAGUAGAAGCAUUCACCAGCUGAAAUGCGCCCUGAGAGAAGGUGAUGGCACAGUUGGAGAAGAUACACUAGAUCCUUCAUAUAGUACCAGUGCAGGAAAUGAUGACACUGGGGCUGCCUGGCAUGAACUGCAACACAGCCAUGCUGUUAAUCAGCUCAAAGCUUUGUUGCACCGACAAGCAGCCAAGGAAAGUGAGAUAUCUCCAUCAAGAAGACGAAAAAUGUCACCUUUGAGUUCAUCAACAGAUGAGGAAAACGAUGUGCCUACUUUGCACAAUCUUGUCCCUAUCAUUAAUGAUCAGUCUCAAUACAUUCAUCACUUAGAGGCAGAAGUAAAGUUCUGCAAGGAGGAACUCUCUGGAAUGAAAAAUAGAAUACAAGUAGUUGUGCUUGAAAAUGACAGGCUCCAGCAAGAGCUGAAAUCUCAAAGAGGAGAAGAGACGAUGAGAGAACAAACACUUCUGGAUGCAUCUGGGAACAUGCAGAAUUCUUGGAUUACAACAGGUGAAGAUGCUGGGGUGGAUGAAGCUGCCAAGAGACCAUUGUCCCAGUGCAACGCGGAUCCGGUCAAAGCUGCAUCUGCUGCUGAGGCUGAAAGAUGGAAAGUAGAACUGGAGAGGCUAAAGCUUAUUUACAUGGACAAGAGUGAAAUCCUGGAAUCUCAAUUGAUGUUUCUGAGGAAAGACUUAGCUGAAUAUCAGAAAAAGUGUGAAGACCUUCAAGAACGACUAAAGCAUAAAGAGUCUCUUCUGGCUGCUAAUAUUUCUAACCGUGUUGGUGGCCUUUGUUUGAAAUGUGCUCAGCACGAAGCUGUUCUUUCCCAAACCCAUAACAAUGUUCACAUACAGACCAUUGAACGACUGACUAAAGAAAGAGAUGACUUAAUGGCUGCACUAGUUUCUGUAAGGAGCAGCUUGACAGAUGUGCAGCAAAGAGAAGCAAGUGCUUAUGAGCAGGUGAAACAAGCUGUGCUAAUGACUGAGGAAGCCAACUUUGAAAAAACCAAGGCUCUAAUCCAGUGUGAGCAGUUGAAGAAUGAGCUGGAGAGGCAAUCAGAGCGACUUGAAAAAGAGCUUGCAUCUCAGCAAGAGAAAAGGGCCUUUGAGAAAGAGAUGAUGAAAAAAGAAAGGACCAAAGAACGGGAGGACAUGGAAGCAAAGAUGAUGACCUUGUCUCAGAACAUUGCCCAGCUGGAAGCCCAGGUGGAAAAGGCUACGAGAGAGAAGAUUUCAGCUGUUAACCAACUAGAGGAAGUUCAGAACCAGCUCGCUUCUAAGGAAAUGGAUGUUACAAAGGUGUGUGGAGAAAUGCGCUAUCAGUUGAAUAAAACCAAAAUGGAGAAGGAGGAGGCAGAAAAGGAGCACAGAGAGUACAGAACAAAAACUAAAAGGGAUCUUGAAAUUAAAGAUCAGGAAAUAGAGAAAUUGAGAUUAGAACUGAGUGAAAGCAAGCAGCAUUUGGAACAGGAGCAGCAGAAGGGAGCCGGAGCCAGAGCCGAGUGCCUGAAACUGACAGAACUGCUGGGCGAAUCUGAGCACCAACUGCACCUCAGCAGGCUGGAAAAAGAUAGCAUUCAGCAGAGCUUUAGCAACGAAGCAAAGGCCCAAGCCCUUCAGGCCCAGCAAAGAGAGCAGGAGCUGACACAGAAGAUACAGCAAAUGGAGGCCCAGCAUGACAAAACUGAAAAUGAACAGUAUUCAUUGCUGACCUCCCAGAAUACAUUUUUGACAAAGUUAAAGGAAGAGUGCUGUACAUUAGCCAAGAAACUGGAACAAAUCUCUCAAAAAAGCAGAUCUGAAAUAGCUCAGCUCAGUCAAGAGAAAAGGUAUACAUGUGACAAACUGGAGAAGUUGCAGAGAAGAAAUGAUGAAUUGGAGGACCAGUGUGUCCAGCAUGGGCGAGUACAUGAGAUAAUGAAACAAAGUUACUAAUGGGUCAUAUGUGCAUAGCAGUUAAAAUAUGCAGUUUCUGAAGCCAUUCUUCCUGGGUUCUAAUCCCAGCCCCAUGACUGAACCUGCCGUGGACCUUGGACAAGCUACUUCACCUCUCAGUGACUCAGCUUCCUCAUCUGUAAAAUAAAAAGAAAAUAAAGAGUCCUCACCUCAUAGAAUUGUUAUGAAACUUAAAUGAGUUUCUAAACCUGGCUGAUGCAUAGAAAGCAAGGUGUUUUUGUUAAAGUUCUUGGGUUUGAUUUGGCAGUUUAAACUUAAUUGUAUUUCAUUAUUAAAUGAAAAAUACAGCAAUUAAAAAGAAAAAGCAAAAGAGUAGGCUUUCCUAUAAAGCUGAUAGAGGGGACUCCAAGACCCUCACAUUCAUCUCAAGAAAUACUUAGUUCUAAGCUGCUUUUGUGGAGUUUUGUUCCAAGCCAGACAUUUUUCACCUCACUUGGGAAGGGAGGUUAAUUCUGUCUGUCAGAGAGUCUAUUGGUCAGUUAAAGGAAGAAUUGCUGGAAUUCUCUGCAAUGGUGGGAGGGCUACUUGGUGAAUUGAGUAUAUAUGUGCAGCCCUUUUGACAAUAAUGUUCAUUGGGCUCUUUUACUACUUGAUGUCGCACAAAAGAUUGAAAUCUAGAAUCAAUGGAACAUGAUGAAUUAAUUCCUUUGUGGGACACCAUGUUGUUUUUGAUGUUUCUUUGAUAAUUUUGAACAAAAUAACUUCUGAAGUGAUUACAUAAGAAGAGCAAUGCUUUUGAGUCAUUUUUAAAAUUGUUUCUCUUUGCUUAGUUGAAUGCAUAUAUUUAGUGGGGAAAGAGACUUCAGGCAUUGCUUUGGCCUUGUAUGGCACGCAUACUGCUAGUGAUGGAAAUUUAACAGAUUAAAGAAAAUAUUCGGGAGGCAGGGCCAAGACGGAGGAGUAGUCAGAUGCUUCCAGUGAACCCUCUUACAACAAAGACCUGAAAAAAACAAGUGAAACGGUUAUAUUUAUGACAAGCUAGGAGCCCUGAACAUCAAAGGCAAAGUUAGAAAACAGACUGAGUGGCAGGAGGAGGGAGAGAUGGUUCAGAAGCUGAGAGGAGUUGCCAGACCUGAAUCACCGGGAUCCCUCAGGCGCCAUUCCUGGGAGUGGGCUGGUAGUAGCGUUCAGCAGCAGGUUCCCCAGGGAGAAACAGCCAGUUCAGCUGCAGUUUCCUCAGGGAGAAACAGCCAGCCGCACAGCCUACUCAAACCUCCGGAACCAGAGAAGAACGGCGCCCUCGGCAAAAGCUAAGUAUUUGCGUAUAUUUUACCAUGCCCCCAGCUCCGAAGCUGGCUUCAGUGGCUGUUGAUUUCCCUGGGCCUGAGAUGCGUCCUGCUGAGCACUCUGAGCCAUUCUCCCGGCCUUGGAGAAGAAAUAAAUUCACAAUUGGGGGAAAAGAUAAUCUGCCAACUCCACUAACCUGAGGAGCUCAGGACAGAAGCGGCUCUUGUCCAAGCAUAAAUGGUCCAUGGACUCUGAAUACCUUUCCCCCCGCAUGACCUGUGUGAGCCUAUUUUAGAAGAAUAGGCACACUGCAACUGUUUCAGAUGUGUGGUAGAGAGGUGGGUGUUUGAUGUUUGACACCACUUUGCCUAUUAAGCAGGUCCUCACCUACCCACAUCAGGGGCCUAAGGACUGGUGGCUCCACUCAGGUCACCCAGCCUCCUGCAACAGGGGUCCAAGGAUAACUGGUAUCUCCCAGUCCUUACAACCAAAAGCAUUGGGUGCCCAAGGUCCAUCUGCAGAACCCACCCACCUGUGUGCUGUAGGGAACAGGGACACGCUUUCCUCACAGACACUUGGGGGACAGUUGUCAGCCCGCUGCCUUGUUCAGAGCAUGACCCCCUGCUACAACCAGAUACCGGUACCUAUGCCAAUCACCCCUGCCCCUCUAAGACUGUAGGACAGAGCCUGUACCGCACACUUGAUGACUAACUACCUGGACGCCUGCGCUGAAUCCAUACAAGAAAAGGGAGUGGACUCCUAGGCUCAUAUACCUGGUAUCAGCUCUAGCCAUAUGGUGACAGGACGUUAGAGCUUCAAGGUGAAAAUAAUCAAGCUAGCUCACUCAAACAACCUACUUGGGCAAAACAAAGCAAGAAACUAAGAUACAGUAAGCAAACAUAAAGUAAUACAAUAACUUAUAGAUGGAUCAGAGACAACCGUCAAUAUCAAAUCACAUAAAGAAGCAGACCAUGAUUGCUUCAACAAGCUCUCAAAACAAAGAAUCAAGGGAUCUUCUGGAUAAAGGUGACUUCCUGGAAUUACCGGAUGCAGAAUACAAAAGAUUAAUGUACAGAACUCUUCAAGACAUCAGGAAUGAGAUGAGGAAGGAGAUCUGGCAAUACGCAGAACAAGCCAAGGAACACACAGAUAGAGCAGUUGAAGAAAUUAAAAAGGUUAUUCAAGAACAUAAUGAAAAAUUUAAUAAGCUGCAAGGAUCCAUUGAGAGACAGCAAUCAGAAAUUCAGAAGAUUAAAACAAUAAAAUUACAGAAUUAGACAACUCAAUAGAAAGUCAGAGGAGCAGAAUUGAGCAAGGGGAGGGCAGAAUUGGUGAAACUGAAGAUAAAGCACUUGGCACCAAUAUAUUUGAAGAAAAAUCAGAUAAAAGAAUUUAAAAAAUAAAGAGACCCUAAGAAUCAUGUGGGAGUGUAUCAAGAGAAAUAUCCUAUGAGUGAUUGGAAUACCAGAACAGGGAGGGACAACAGAAAAUACAGAGAGGAUUGUUGACGAUUUGUUGGCAGAAAACUUCCCUGAUAUCGUGAAAAAUGAGAGGAUAUCUAUCCAAGAUGCUCAUUGAACUCCACAUAAGGUAGAUCUUAAAGUCACCAAGACUUAUUAUAAUCAAACCUGCCAAAACCAAAGACAGAGAAUUUUAAGAGCAGCCAGAGAUAAACGAAAAGUCACCUACAAAGGACAGUCAAGAAUAAGCUCGGACUACUCGGCAGAAACCAUGUAGGCAAGAAGGCAAUAGGAUGACUUAUAUAAAGCAUUGAAGGAAAAAAAUUGCCAGCCAAGAAUCAUCUAUCCAGCAAAACUGUCUCUCAAAUAUGAAGGUGAAACUAGAGCAUUUCCAGAUAAACGAAAGUUUAGGGAAUUUGUAAAAACCAAACCAAAAGUACAAGAAAUACUAAAGAAGAGUUUUCUGGUUAGAAAAUCGAUAAUAUCAGAUAUCAGCCCAAGACUAGAACACUGGACAGAGCAAUCAGAUAUCAAACCAGAUAGGGAAAUCACAAAAAUAAAUCAUGAUAAAAAAAUGCUCAAAACAGGAAACAGCAAUGUCAUUAUGUAAAAGAAGACAACAUUAAAACAAUAAAGAGGGACUAAGAAAUGUAGUUAUUGAUCUUUCAUAUGGAGAGGAAGACAAGGUGAUAUAAAGAAAUAAAAGUUAGGUUUAAACUGAGAAAAUAUUUGGUUUUGUGAUAGUAUCUUAAUGAUAUGUAGUGAUAUUUUCUGGGCUUGUGUUUUUUAGAAAUUAAUUUCUUUUUCAGAAAUAGCUAUUAUCCAUGAAAUAAAUUUUUUGUGUGAGAUGGGCAGAACCAUUUCCCCUUUUCACCCCUGGGAAAUAAGCAGCAGUUUCAAAAACAGGUAUUUCAAGGGCAUUUGUUAUAAAUAUAGAAAAGCCAUAACAAGUGGCUCUUGAGUAACUCUUUUCCACUAAAUGCAAAUUUUUGUGUUUUAUAUGCUAAGCAAAUGCAUCAUUAAAAGAAAGUAGGCCUCCAUCUAGCUGAUGUAUUGCUGACUCUGGCUGCUAAGUGAAGCUCAACCAGUUCUCUGCAAGUGUGGGUACAGGGGACGGAUGGGUAUUAAGAUGCCAAACAUGCUAUUCAUGCUGAAUUGUUUCUAACCACCUAGUGCUGUUUAUUUGCGCUUUUUUUUUUAAUCUCCUCCUCCUCCUUUGCCUGUUAUUCCUCUCACCUUUACAUUCCUUUCCCUCUUUUACAUGGUUCUGUUGAUUUGCCUUCACUCUUCAUUUCUAGAAUAUCCACAUGUGGCCAAAUUUUGUGCUCUUACAUAGUGAAAUGGUAUGCUGGGGUGUGGCAUUUUAUUAAAAUUCACUCUGGUAAGCUGUAUUACCCAAAAUCUGAGACUUACUCAUUGUGAAACAUGGACUCUUCAUCAAACACCUAGUUGCCAGAAAUCUCUGGGUUCCUUAAAAAAAAAAAAAAAUCUAGGACAUGUAGACUUUGAGCUAUCUUAACAUUGAGGUUGUUUUAUGUAAGCCAGAUCAGCACUGAGGAAGAAACAAAUCACAACUGUAGCUGAUCGUAAUGUAUUGCCCCUUCUGGACUUCGUUAUAGAAAGAAGUGCCUUAUAUUUGGCUUGAUUCUUUAGCAUCACAGAAAUUCAUUCAGGAAGUUGGAUGAAUAGGAGAAAUCUGUAUUCACUGGCCCAAGUCUUAAUUUAUACUCCGUACAUAACAUCUGUAUGUCUGUAUAUAACAUCUGUAUGGUGCCUAAAUUAAUAGUGCCAGUUUUUCAGGACAGAAAUAGUCUCUUUCAAUAUUGAAGUGAUUAAAAUCUUGUAUUUUCAAUUCCUCAAUUAUCUCAGUUUGAUAGCAGUUAAACUAAAUCCAUGAUAGUUUAUAAUUGAGGGAUAUGGUUCAUCAUAUUCUACCCAGAGGAGACUUUUACACCUAUAUCAACAGUGUCUUUGAGGCUGAGGGUUUGAGAAAAAGACCUUGGAAGGCUGCAAUUAGGGGCAGAUGUGCCCUGAUACCUCCGGCAUGACUGGUUGCAAUUUAACUAUAAAAACGUUGCAGCCAUCUGGGUAGCAAAACGGUUGAGGUCUGCUCUUGCCCAUUUUUAUAAGUAUGGAGAAGAUUUGUUUGACUUCAUGAUACUGGAUUUGUUAGAGGAGAUAUGUCAAGCAGAAACUACCGGUAUGUGGUGCGCAGCCGGAAUGCAUCUGCUGCCAACAUCUUGGGGAGGCCUUUCCCUCAGCUGUUCACAUGUAACAUUCAAGGGUGUCUCAGUGCCUGGGUAACACAGUGUCACUGAAUUGUACGUCCAUUUUACAUUCAGGGUAAAGCUGUGAUUCUCAUAAAUAGCCUAAUCAUUAGAAGGAAAGAACAUUAAAAAAAAAAAAGCCCUUCCUACUACUAAUCUGUAGAUUUCCCCAAUUUUUCAGAGAGAAGAAACCAAAUUACAGCCUCACUGUCACUGAACCUUCGAAUUCUGAAAGUUAACGGCUGGCUUCCUUUUCACAGCAAAAAGCUUACUAACCUUUUUGAACCACUGUAGCAUCAGUUCUGGAGGCCACAUUGUCCUUCCUGAUUUAGAUAAGUGUUUGGCUGUGUACCUCCACAUCUAGAGCUACUAGAGUUUUUGCUGAUUUGCUUGGCACAUCUCCAGUAAAAUAGUCCAUUAAAAUUCAAAUCCUUUCCCAAUAAUUGAGACAAUCAAUUUGCAUUAAACAAGGCACAAUUAUAAUUUUAUGUACAAUUUAAAUUCUAUAAGAAAUAAUCAGUGUGUAAUGAAGAGGGACACUUAUUUUGAUGCAAAACGAUGUUUUUAGAGUCUGCAUUAAACAAAUCUUUCAUAUUUUCAAAAUAGUCCUGUCAUUAUCUUUGGUGUAGGGGAGCUCUAUUGUGUUUUAACAUAGGGACUAGUGUAUCCUCAGGACCACUUGCUUGGUUAGCAAUGUGACUUUCUCUCAGUGGCAUUUAAAUUGAAAGCAGUGAGAUAGAAGAAGUAGGUACUUGUUUGCUACUUAAUAUGCAACGUUUCUUAUACAAAGAGCAAACAAAGAGGACACACCUGGAGUGGGUUUGUUGCCUCUGUACCAGCAUUAGCUCAAAAGGCAUCAUUGAUUCAUCAUUGCCUUUACCUUUUUGUAAUAGACCAGCUACUUGUUCCUCAAGCAGAGAUCUUGUGUUGGUUCCUAAGGAAAUCAUUCGAAGGCAUUUGAGAAGGUAGCGUAGGAUAGGGAGGUUAAGUUGCCCUGGUCUGCGCCUUUGUACUGAAGAGCGCCUGGGAAAGCUUCAGCCCCCCAGCUAGCAGCCGUGCUAGACAGCCCGGCGACAGGACGGUGCCUGGAGGCUCUGCGGAGUUCUCUUCCUCUCAUUUGUAAGCUCUUAAUGAGACUGGUAUUGUCCGUUAGGAAAUCUAGAACACUGGAGAAAUAUUAUUAGGAAGAAUAUAGUAAAAAUAAUGACAAGACAGAAAACAAAUCCUGUCAGAGCCCGAGAAUAUAUUUGGCUUCGGCUUGCUGUGUCUGUCUGUUUCCAUAAACGGUCCAAAAUAGAAACCGGAUGUUUAAAAUCUCUCUCCCUCUCACAUGCUCUCCUCCCCCUGCAGCCUUUCUUCCUCUUCAGUAUUAGGAGACUUACUAUUUUUAUUUAUAUUCCCAUUUUUCAAUAUUUGCCAUUUGUGUGGAUAACACAUUAAUUUUUAAUGAAAUAUUUUCAGACUCUUGGAACUCUUGGAAUAGCUGAAUCAUAAAAGAAAACUUGAUAUAGACUCAGGCAGCAUAUAAACUGAAUAGUACACUUAACAUUAUUUUCCCCAUUCACAAAUGGCACGUGGUUCUUUUAAAAGAUGAAGGCUGUUUACAUUUAAAUUUCUUAUCAUUGUAUGCAAGUCUAAGUUAUAUAACUUUUAUGAUGCGAGGGUAUUUAGGCACCAUUCUAAUUAUUCAUUUUAGAAAGAAAUAUAAAAACAGUAUGUUAAGCAGUUCUCUCCAGUACUUUUCUUUUUAUCUACGAACAUGUUUUUGACAAGCUACAUUUCUGAUAAAGAAAUACAGUUGUGACUUUUCAUUUUAGCUCUGUUGCAGUUAGAUUUUAAAGAAGAAUGCAUUUGUUUCUUGGGGCAGUUAAUUUUUUUCAACCAGUAAUUGUUUUUGUUUUGUUUUUUUUAUACUUUAUUUUAUCUUUUCGUUUUUGAGAAUAUACACAGCAGCACACACACCAAUUCAAGAGUUUCCACAUGUACAAUUCAGUGACAUUCAUUACAUUCUUCGAGUUGUGCGGCCAUUCUUACCCUCUUUGCUGAGUUGUUCCUCCCCCAUUAACAUGAACUCACAGAUUACUAUCUAAUCUUCAAGUUGCUGUUAUCAAUUUGAUCUCAUAUACAUCUUAAAAGAGCAUAAUUAAUACUCAAGACGUUACCGGAAUAAGGUUCUUGCUUCUCACUGGUCAAGAAUGAGCAGGUAAGGAACGUAGUUUUCCACAGGAUCAAAGCUUUAUUGAAAAGGCUCGCAAGCUGAGACAAGGAGGGCCUAGAGCAAAGUUUACCCUCCUGUCAGAAAACAAAAGAUGGGCCUGAGUUUUUAAAAGUUAAUGCGCAGGAAAAGAUUCAUGUUUAUUCAUAGGCACAGGCGGGAAUAUGUUAACUAAGGUGCUUGCGCAGCAGCUUUCCAAGAUAGCUCCUGUCCUGGAGGCCUCUGGGGUUCGAAGCAGGACUUAUUAUGGGGUGUCACGCCUGCACAGUCUGCUGCUCUCUGGGUUCAAUUCCCCGGCUGGGGCUAUGGCCCCUCACUGCCCCUGGUGGAAGGUCACACGGCAGCCACAGGUGGAUGUUCUGUGCCUGUCCCUGGGCCUGGUCUUCCCCAUUUGCUUCUGAAAGGCAACUUUAAAGAAGUUUAUGGGCUGUUUUUAGAUACCCUGCCCGGUUGUUCUGGGGAAUGGCUUUGUUUCUGUGCCCUGGCCCAUUUCUUGUUACUUUGUUUGCAGAUUUGGGGGCUCCUCUGUUUUCUGUCUUACCCUAUUACCUCUCUGAUGAUAUAGCCUAUUUCUCUUUUACUUGCUUCUCCUCUAACCACAGCAGUCUCUUCACUAUUUCUCAAACAGGCACCCUCUGAUCUCAGGGCCUUUGCUCCCUGUCUUAAAGGCAGACAUUCUUUACUUGUUAAGCUAAACUAUUGUUUGGUUUAAGCAGACUUAAGGGGAUGUUUUUGGUUUAAGGUUUAAAGAUUAUCUCAGGGCAGUAGUUUUGGGCGUUCCUCCAGCCUCCAUGGCUCCAGAAAGACUGGAAUCCAUAAGAAUUUUAAAUUAUGGUCUGCAUUUUCCUUCUUUUGAUUAAAAUUCUUCUAUAGCCUCUUUGACCAAAAUGUUCAGUAAUAGUAGCCAGGCACCAUCCAGUUCUGGUCACAUGGCAAAAGGGCGGAAGGGGGGCAAUCAGCCAUUCAUUCCAUUUCCUCCUCGUAUUCCUGACUUUCUUUCUCUGAUGUUUCAGGUGAAUAGAUUCCAAUUGUUGUGGCUUGGAUGGCCGCUUGCAAGCUUCUAAGACCCCAGGCACUAUGCAACCAACUAGGAGGUAGAACAGAACCAUUAAACACGUUAUUAGGCCUAUUAACUGGGAUAUCUCGUGAAACCAUGACCCUAAACCUCCAAGCCAAGAACUGAAUCCCAUGAGGUGUUUGGUUGUACAUAAGCAGCCUCAGCAACUAUUCUUUUUUGUUGUUGAUGUUGUUGUUGUAAAUAUAUCACACAGUUUUUGCCAAUUUAACUUUAUACAUUUGCCUGUUCUUGUCUUUUUAUGUAAGUGAAGUCAUACAGUAUUUGUCCUUUUUGUGGUUGACUUACUUCACUCAGCAUAAUGUUUUCAAGCUCCAACCAUAUUGUAACGGGUAUCAAGACUUCAUUUCUCUAACUGGCUGAGUAGUAUUCCAUCAUAUGUAUGUACCACAUUUUGUUUAUCCAUUCAUUUGUUGAUGGAAAUUUAGGUUGUUUCCACCUUUUGGCUAUUGUGACUAGUGCUGCAAUGAAUGUUGGUGUACAAGUGUCUGAUUGAGUCUCUGCUUUCAUGUCUUCUGGGUAUAUACCUAGGAGUGGAAUUGCUGGGUCAUAUGAUAGUUCUGUUUUUAGUUUUUUUAGGGACUGCCACACUGUUUUCCACAACUGCUGUACAAUUUUGCAUUCCCACAAGCAAUGGAUAAGGGUUCCAAUUUUCCCACAUCCUCACCAAGAUUUGUUAUUUUCGUUUUUUAUUUAUUUUUUAUCUUAGACAUGCUAGUGGAAGUUAAAUGGAAUCUCACUGUACUUUUGAUUGUCAUCUCUCUGAUGGCUAAUGAUGCUGAGCAUCUUUUCAUGUGUUUGGCAGCCAUUUGAAUGUCCUCUUUGGGGAAAUACCUAUUCAAGUCCUUUGCCUAUAUGUCUCGGUUAUUUGUCUUUUUGUUGUUAAGUCAUUGACGUUUUAUGUAUAUUUUGGUUAUUAGGUUCUUAUCAGAUGUAUGGUUUAUGAAGAUAUUCUUGUUGGUAGCUUGUCUUUUCACUUUUUUGGUAAAGUCUUUUGGUGAACAAAAGUUUUUAAUUUUUAUGAGAUCCCAUUUUAUUUUGUGUUUUACUGUUUUUGUGCUCUUGUUAUAUUAGCUCAUCCAUUGUUAAAAGCUAGUCCCAGCAGCACUGCCCCUGUAUUUUCUCCUAAGAAUUUGAUGUCAACUGGUAAUUGUUUUGAGUUUUGUAUUUGUAAAAUUAAAAUUAAUACUAGAAAUUAUUUAAACAACUUUAUAUUGCAUGUUAUUCUCAGAACUAAACCCAGAACUAUAGCUUUGUAAUUAAUUUUGGAACUGUAAACUAAUAAAAAUAACUUCUUCCAAAUGUUUUUCAUUGAAGCUAGCAUGGACAUUUAAAGUGUCACAUCUUACAAAUUUUUUCCUAUUCUCAAAUAACAAUGAUAUCAUUUAUCAAUUUUAUAUUGGUAAUUUAAAUUUUAUUUUAAUCUAUGUAUAAAGUAAGUUAACUUUGUAUUUUCUUCUUCUUAAUUAAAAUUCCUGUAUAUUUUUACCCUUCCCGAGUAAAUUUACUCAUUUUCAACAUUAAAAAUGAUAUUUUUUCUUCAAUUUUUUUUAUGUAAUAUAUCCUUAAAAACUAAUAAAAGCUUUAAGGAAUGCUGCCUGUCAUAUAUGAGUUGAAUUGCACAGAAUGGCAUUUUAAAGAACCAGAGGAGACUGGAGAGAUAAUCUAGUCUGACUCCGUUUCAUAACCUACCACUCACCCUCCAUCCCUACCCCUAACACAUACACACACAUUAUAGAUGAGAAAACUGAGGCCCAGCAAGGUAAAGUGACUUCCAAGGCUAUGGUCCAGGUAAUGACUAGAAUCUGUUUUCUGACAUCUGGUCUAGUAUUUUCUACUGUACAUACAUACGUGGUUUGUAUGUUCCCAGAAGCAGGGAGGUGGGGUAAUACUAAUAAUCAAAAGGAAAAUGAUAAAUGGAGGUAAAUAAUUACAUUUUAAGUCGAAGCUGUCUUAUCCAUUGAGCUUGAGGUCACAAGUAGGAUGGUUAAUUGGAAGGUCAGGAAAUCAUAACAAGUGAUGUAUGUUGGGUCAAGGCGUUUUCUUUGUGUGUGGACAACCUGAUUUGGAGUGCCACAUUGUUUUUCCUGCAUAAACCUGUAUCUUUUUUUGUACCAAUUUUGGUUUCUUUAAGCCAAAUGAGGAUACUUAAAGACACUGGGAAGCAGCCUCCAUGCAGAAUUCUCUAUUUUAAUGAACCCCUCCCCAUAAAGUUUUUUACAGUUCUCUCAUUAACACCUACCAUGUUUUUACACAAGUAACACACGCCCUCUACAUUUGUUUGCCAACCGUGCCCUCCCACCUCUGUGAGGUAUUUUCAUAAACACUGAUAUACCAAUUUUUUUAACAUGCUGCUGUAAAAAGAAAUUAGCAUAGCGUGCUUAUGAAAAUACCUCAUGGGGGGAGGGCAAGGUUAGCAAACAAACAUAAAAGAGUGCGUUAUUUGAGUAAAACAUGGUAAUUUGAGACUUUUUUUUUAAGAAAACACAUUUACUGAGUUUUUCUAAAUCAUUCUACGUUUUUAAACAAUCAUAUUUCUGAGCUCACUAACCAUUAAAUUAUGUUUAUGUCAGCAGCAUAAAAGAAAAUACAACUGACUUUCAGAAGUAUAACAUAACUGGUGGGAGCAGAAGUGCACGGUUGUCUUAGGGAGUAGCGGCCAUUGGCCACACAUAUUGAGUGUGCCCUGGACAUUAUUCAUUACAUCUUACAGAGAGAAAAGGAAAGUGUUGGCGAAUUGGGUGAUCAGCAUAAGUGGUGAUCCGUUCCCAGAGCUUCUAUUCUACUUCGAAAGGAACUACUAGAGUCAGAUAAAUGAGAGUACGCAAUAUAAUAACUGGUUUUAUAAGAAGGAGCUGCGUUUUUCACACAAUCUUUCCAUUUCUAUCAGAAAGAGACCAACCUGAAGGCAGAAGAAGGGAACUUUUUCUGUUCCUUUCUGCUUUCUCAUCCCCUAGGUUAAGAAGCCCAGCCUCACACCAGCCAGGAGCUGGGCCAGUGGAAUGUUCUUAUACCAAGCAAACAUUGCCCCAGUGUGCAUGGCAGUAAAAGCAGUGGCCACAUUCAGUCUAGAGAAUCACCCCUCAGGUGCAAGUUCCAAGUGACCUGCUGCCCGGUUGAGGAUGCCUGGAGCUGUAGCCCUGCUUUCUCAAAAGGGGAGCUGGUCUACUCCUUACACAAAGUCACAGAAGGGCUUCCCUAGGGGGCUGCACUGCUGAAGAUGCGGAUGGUUUCAAAAUAGGUUCAGAUAAAUUCUUGGGUUAAAAGCCCAUGUCUAAUUCUUAAGAGGUACUGUGAAUGUAUUAGGGAUCAUUCCUAAGUAGUGAAUAAACAAGUCAGCAAGUAAUGAACAACAACCCUCCCUCUCUCAAUUAAAUGAAUAUAAUCCUUCCACCUUUCCUUUUGUUGUUGUUGUGUGUGUGUGUGUGUGUGUGUGUGUGUUGAUGCAAGCAUCCAUUCAUUUUCCUUUUUUAGGACAUGGUAUUUAUCAAGAUGAUGAUUGUACAUGGCUGCUUGACACACACACAAAAGAAAAUGUUUUACCUAACUCGCUCUUCAUUCCAUUGCAACAUUUGCAGUGACCUAAAUAGGUGGUGGGUCGCUAUGAGUCGGAAUCGACUCGACAGCACUGGGUUUUUUCUGGGUUAAAUAGGUGGGGCAUAAUUUUUCCAAAUGUAUUCUAUGGACACCCAGUCCUACAAGAUGGUCUUUAAAGAAAGAAUUGCAUAAUGUUGUAGUUUGAGGACACAUUGCAUGAACUAUUCACAUUUUGGAGAUUCAAAAUGCACAUUAAUAUGUUAAAAGACUUGGUAAGUCUUCGAAGUGAUUCAUUAUUUUUAAAGCUUAAAUUAAUUUUAAUUAAAAUCAUAUCAUGGAAAUACUAGUGAAAACUUAAAACCUUUGGAAUGGGCACAAAUAUGGACCUCUUACAGCCAAUUAACUAGGAAGCUGUCUUCCAAAAUUCUUGACAGAGAAGAAUGAAUACCUCCGGUACUGCAUCUGUUUGUUGAAACAUCUCUAGACAUUUCUCAUCAGAAUUACUCUUCCAGGGGUGAGGGUUGAGGGGCUGGAAACUGUUAAGGUUUGCAGAAAACUUGAGCUCCCACUAGUGGUUAACAUUCCCUAGUUCUAGGCAGUUAGUCACUCCCUGUUGUUUGUAGUAAUACCCUUAUUUUCUAGCACUUAGAAUUCUGUAUUUCAUGGUGUUUUAUGUCUUUCUCUCUCCUUAGAUUGUGAGAUCUUUAAUGAGAAGCAUGUGUUUUCAAUCUCUGAAGUCCCAGUGCAUAAAACUAUGUUGAAUCAUGAGGAAUUCACUAAGAACUGAAUUUCUUUUAAUUCAAAAGCUAUUAGCUCAUGGUUGGGAUUAAUACUCACUGAUUCCAUGAGUGUCCUCAGUUCUUUCCACCAGCCUUUAGGAUUUGAAAUCACCUGGCCUUAUUAGCUGUUUUUCAAUCUUUCCAAGCUACGGAAGUUUCAUCCAUUAGAACAACAACAACAAAAAGUGAUUGAAUACGUGUCACAUGAUUGAAACUCUACCAGGCCAUAUAUGUAAGAUAAAUUAAACAAUCACUGACUAACAGAAAUUCACAGUCUGGUGGGAGCCAGAGAAUUGUUAAGCCCUCACUCUACCCCAAGCGGUCAAGAUUUCAUAGAAAUAUGCAUGUAUCAGUAUAAGGUCACAGAAGAGACACAAACCCAGCCUGCGGGACCUCAGUAACUUCAUGGAAGAUGGCCUAUCAGAGCUUAGCUUUAGAAAACAUACAGGUGUAAACUAAGGAAAGGGCAAGGAUUCAUGUCAGGCGUUGAGGAAAAUGAAGGAAAUUUCUGGAGGAGAGAAAAAAACAUUACACAGCUCAGAAUAACAAACUGGUCAGUGUUGGAGGAGUGGAAGGUGGGAAGCAGGGAGUGCACUGGACUUCCAUGCCAGGGACCUGGCUCUUUAACCUUGUAGGUGUUGGGGAGCCAAGAAAGCAUUUAGAUAAGGGCAUAGUAGUGGAUUUGUGUUUCAAAUAGCUCACUCUGGUGGCAGCAUGAGGAUAGAUUAUAGAGAGCCAGACAGAGAAACCAGAUAGGAAAUGAUGAGUGCAGGUAACAGGAGUGGAGAGGAGGGGGUGGGCUAGAGAAAUAUUUAGCAGGUAAAAUUGGCUAGUUAUUGAUGGGUCAUAAGAGAUGAGGAAAAGGGAGGAAUCAAGUAAUUUUUUCUUCUAUUACUGUUAGUACCUGUUUUUUUGAUCUAAUCCCAGUGACGUUCUUUGUGUCACUGAGAAGGAACUUGCAGAAUGCCUUAAAAGCCCAUGAUUUUAAAAUGACAUUUGUUGGUUGUGUCUUCAUCUGGUUUAAAUUUUCCUGAAGCAAGCCUACCUUCUUAUUUUCAAAUUUAGGUUUCCCUAUGUCUAUGACUGUUCAAACUAGAUUUAUUCUUUUUGUAGCAUUUUUAAAUCCCAAGAAAUGGAUCUCAAGAAUUGUAUCAAAAGGGGGAUUGGUGCUGACUUUUUGAUCAUUCUAUCUCUAACUGCUCACAUCGCCAUUAUAAUGCCUCCCUCAUCACCCCACCGGGUUUAUCUCCCCUCUCUGCACUGUGAUAGCAUUUUCCAUCUGUGUACUUCACUUAUGCAAUGCACUGCCAUACACCUGGUACUGUUCUUGGUGCGAGGUAGAAAUCCUACCUUACAGGACAGAUGUUUACAUAAAUAAUAAAAUAUAGUGUGAUAAGUAUUAUGAUAGUUUUCUUUGACCAGUUCUACUAAUUAGGACUCCAAAGCAAUAUUAUUUCUAAGAGAAGAACAUUGAAAAUAAUCUAAAUAACCCAAAUGUCCAACAUCAGAUUAGUUACAUAAACAAGACACAAACCAAAAACAAACUUGUUGCUGUCAAGUUGAUUCUGACUCAUGGUGACCCUAAGGACAGAGUACAACUGCUCCUUAGGGUCUCCAGGGAGCAGCUGGUGGAUUCAAACUCCCGACCUUUUGGUUAGCAGCCAAGUGCUUAACCAUAGCACCACCAUAACAGGUGAUAUAUAUUUUUUUCCUGAAAUUGUAAAAUGCCAUUGAAGUCACUUGGGGGGGGGGGAGUACUUAUUGGCAUUGCAAAAUGUUCAAAAUAUAUUUCUAAGGGGAAACAGGAUAAAAGUAGUAUAUAUUAUAUGAUACCAUUUUUGUAAUAAAUGUGCACUCAAAAUACUAUAUAUUUUUCAUACUGUAGCUUGCAUAUCCCACAUGUGGACUCAGAGUUUCCCCAUGCCAACUUAUAUAUAAAACUCAGAAUCUCCUUGAGUUCCCCCAAAGACUUCAUAUGCACAAAAAUACUGCUGAUCUAGAUGGACUUCCCUGAAGAUAUAAGAAGAUGGAGAACAUUUAUACUACACAUCCCUCAGAAAUAAUGUAACAGGCUCCCUUGAUCCUUACUUGUCUCCUCCCAAGUCCUUUCCUUUGUACUCCCACUCUGGAAUUUUUUCCUCUCUCCUUUUCCUCCUCCCUCCAGGUAACAUUCAGAUUCUUUGGCUUCUCAUAUUCCUGCGAAAACCACAGAUUCCUUACUCCUCUAUCAAGCAGAAUAAUCCAACUCUGCCCCAGCUCUUAUCUCAAAUGUACAUGAACUCAAACUACCCUAGUUCUUGACUAAGAGGUAAAUUUAACAUUGCAACCUUUUACACACACGUGUACACAUGUGCACACUAGAAUAUAAUACGUUAACGGUCUCUGGGCAGUGGGAUUAUUAGUGAAUUUUCUUCUUUUCCAUUCUGCAAUAAUUUCUAAGCUUUCUGCACUGGGCAUGUGUUACUUUUUUUUUUUAAGGAAAUGUAAACUGUUAAAAAAAAAACACUUAGCUCAGGUUUUGCCUCUUCUAGUAAACCUUCCCUGACUAACCCCCUCCAAGCAGGGUUAGAUCCCUCCAUCCAUUUUUUCCAUUUUGCCUUUUUAAUUUCUUUAUCCCUCUAUCCAUGUACUUAUCUCAUUCCCUUAUAAUUACCUUUUUUUUUUUAAAUCAUGUUUUCCUCCUAGUUCUCAGAUCCUUCCUCCUGAGUUCCUUUGACUCGUAGGACCUAUCGUAGACCUCUUCUUCUCUCCCUCUGCAACAGAUUCUUAAGCUGAAAUCCAUAGUUGGGUGUGUACCUCCAGAAAAUGUAUACAGAAUUUAAUGUUUAUUCCUCCCCCCCCCCAAAAAAAAAAGCAAACCCAGUUAUUUCUUGAGUGCCUACAUUAUGCCUGGCAAGGUUCUAGGUGCUAAUCCUUUCUCAGACUCUUAAAACCCUUAAAACUACUGCACCACUGUUCCCUGUACUCCCCCUGCUGGUUCGUUGUGGGUUUUCCUUAUCUAGGACGUGAGUCCCAUAAGGCGAGACCUUGUAUGUCUUGAUCUGAUUGAUAUGUUUUCCUACUGCCUAGAAGACUGCCUGGAACAUAGUAGCCACUCAAAUAGUAUAAUGUUUUGAAUGAGGUAGAAGGGCAUUUAUUGUGAUCUCAUUUUUCAGAGUUGAGGAGGCAGGAAGUAAUCAAAAGCAUUCUAAGACUCUGGGACUUCAAACUGGGCUUUACACUUAGUCCUGUCACAAAAUUGAUCUUGGAGGAGCGUUCAGCUUAGUGCCUGGGUAGGUGUCUGUUUCUUUGCCUAUCAGGCUGCACUCUGUGAUCUCCUUAGCCCUUUCUGACUCUAAAAUUACACUACUCUUGGCUGACUCAAGAUCCCCCUCUAGGUCAGCAGGGUCAGUGCAGUAUAAAAGCCCGGGCUUCCUGGCUCUUGGGGUAGAGAUGUGGCAAGGUGGCAGCUCUCAAGUUUGACGUUCCCUUUGGCUUCACCUAACAUGGAUCAUUGUUUUGGGAGGUAGUUUUUUUCAUAGAAACCAGACAGCAUAUUGUUUAAAUAGUAGGCUUGAUGUCUCAGUGUAACAUAUUGGCCCACUGAGAUCUCCAGGAGUGUGAAUCACAAACCCGCCUCUGUAUGUUUCUGAUAUAGUGUGAAUGUUCUGGGUGUAAGAAAAUCCUGUUACGAAUGAUCAGGUUAUCUCAUUUUGCCAUCAUCACGUUUUGAAAUAUUAAGUUGGUAGAAUAGCUACUAAAAAAACCCCACUGCCGUCGAAUCAAUUCACUAGUCCAGGGUAAAUAGAUUCUUUCAACUAGAGCAAAAUAUUUUAAAAAAUCAGAUAGUGCAGUUUCUAGCCCAACUUAUAUUUCCUUUAUUUUCUUCAGACUGUAUCUAUGCCUGGGAUUGUGUGUUUAAAGUUCAGCUUUGUGUGUGGUAUUCCUGUGAUAAUUUCAGUACAUAAAAUAAGCUGUUUACAAAAGCCAACCUGAGACCGAUACUCCACAGCAGUUUAGCAGCAAAUUUCUACUCUGGGUAUUUAACAAUAAUUGAGAUCUUUCUAUUGGCUUUACAUAAACUCCGAUUAGUAGUAAAAUCUAAGUACCAUCCCAUUUGGCAAACCCUUAACACUUCAAGCAGUCACGAAUUUGCUUCUGAUUGUGCUUUUCGUUUGCACUUAGCUCAGAGUUUUGCCUGAUGCUUUUUUAAAUCCUCUAAUUUACAGGCUGUGGUAAAUUUAAAAUGAGGCCAGAUGAAUGCUGCUGAACCUUUGUAUUGCACUGAUGAAUAUGGUAUUUUGCUUCAACUAUCUACCUGUUAUAUAUUCAAUGACCUUUAAAACAUGGAAUAGAUACUUCUUUUUGUAUAUGCUGUGUAAGGUUGGUUAUUAGUAUUGUCUUCCUUUUGAGAGACAUAGAGGCCAAGCAGAGCACCUGGGAGCUUAUUUCAAUGAAACAGAAAUACAGUUUUCUGUUCAUGGAGCUCACAGCUAGUCAGCUGAGCAGAGAGGCCACUUUUGUAUUUGGUUCUCUUGGAGCUGUGGAAGGUGAUCAUCCGCCCUAAAACCAUUUCUCCAUCCCCUGCAGCCCCAAUGUGCCACAGGGUUUGUUAUGUAGGCCUGUCUAUGUACCUGUUUGGGGUUGUUAGAACUUAUUUUGUAGCUUUGAGUAAGAAAAAAGGUAGCUUUUUUUUUUUUUACUGGCUCCUACUAAAUGCUUUUAAUGUGUUAUCACAUUUAUUAUUAUGGGUAAUAAUAGUCUUGUUCUCCAAAGAGCAAAGUGAGUCUUGGAGAGGUUAAAUUACCCCUUAACGAGGUUAUCUACAGCCUGCGUCAUUUCUGUGAUCCUGCACUGUCUUCCUGGUUACACAGACCUGUGUUUCCCCCUAGAUGGUGAGCGACUAAAGAAAAGUGUUUAUUAUGUCACUGCAUCUUGCGCAGUGAGCAGCACAGUACUUUGCACUAGGCAGACCACCUAGCUAUGCAGAAUUUCAGUAGACAUGACAAGUGUGCCCACCACUAGGCUGGGAGUCUGGGGUGGUCGGAAAAACUUCCUAGAGCUGGUGCAAAUAAAUACUUGAUAAAGUAAGUUGAAUCUACAUCAUAUAUAUAACUUUGUGAUAGUGUCGAUUUGGGUUACAAUAACCAAAAUCAAUAUUAAUUUUAAAAUUAUAUACACUACUUAGGAUAAAAGUUCCAUAAUUCAUAAGACAAGAAAAGCCUAGGGUACAUUUUUAAAGAAAAGUACAAUUUUCAAAGGAGGGAAUCUUUCUAUUUCAGAAAGAAAGUGAGAAAAAUUUUAAAGUAUAACAAAAAAUUCUUAGGGAAAGGGACCACAACUACCACAGCCUCCACCAGACUGAGCCCAGCACAACUAGUUGGUACCCUGCUACCACUACUGACUGCUCUGACAGGGAUCACAACAGAGGGUCCAGGACAGAGCUGGAGAACAACAUAGAACAAAAUUCUGACUCACAAAAAACGACCAGACUUACUGGGCUGACAGAGACUGGAGAGACUCCCAGAGUAUGGCCCCUGAACACCCUUUAGCUCAGUAACGCAGUCACUCCUGAGGUUCACCCUUCAGCCAAAGAUUAGACAGGCCCGUAAAACAAAAUGAGACUGAAGGGGCACACCAGCCCAGGGACAAGGACUAGAAGGCAGGAGGGGACAGGAAAGCUGGUAAUAGGGAACCCAAGGUCGAGAAGGGGAGCGUGUUGACAUGUAGGGUUGGCAACCAACGUCACAAAACAAUAUGUGUAUUAAUUGCUUAAUGAGAAGCUAGUUUUUUUUUUAGUAUGCCCCGUAAAGCUUCAUCUAAAGUACAAUUAAAAAAAAAAAUUCUCAGGGAAUUUUGAGAUUUUGUUUUACCCUAUCAUGAAAAAGUGGACCAGUUGAUAAACAGUUAUUGUUUUACUUCUAUUUGUCUUGAUCACACUCAAUUGCGUUAAGAGACUGUAGGCUCCAAUAUUUAGUAAAUGACCCUAAUUCAAAAUGUCUUACUUCAAAUUCAGCCAGAUAGAAAGCCAGACUGUUGUCACCAAAUCUUACUUUAAGCAAACCCAGAUUUUAAAUCCACAUUUACAAAAGAGGCUAUUUACGUGGUCAUUCUUCACUUAGCAAUGUAAGUCGUCGUAGUAAGUUCUCUUUGCAAUGCUUGUAAAUGUGAUUCAGUUCAUUAGAAAUCUCCUUAUGCAGCACAUUGCAAGUACAAAGUACAUUAUUCAUCAAACCAGCAGCUUCUGAUUGUCAAAGUAUUUGGUUUUGUCGUUGUUGUUAGGUGUCAUUGAGUCAAUUUUGACUCAUAGCGACCCCAUGUGACAGACUAGAACUGCCCCAUAGAGUUUUCUUGGCUGUAAUCUUUAUGGGAGCAGAUCACCAUGUCUUUCUCCCGUGGAGCAGCUGGGUGGGUUUGAACUGCCAGCCUUUAGGUUAGCAGCUGAAUGAAUGUUUAGCCAUUGCACCACCAGGGCUCCUGAUUUAUUUUUUAAACAAAACCAAACUCAUUGCCAUCAGGUCAGUUCCGACUCUUAGCAAAGUAGAACUGCCCUAUAGUGGUCAAGAGCUCAGGCUGCCAACCAGUUUGAAUCCCCCAGUUGCUGCUCCUUGCAAACCCUAUGGGGCAGUUCUCCUCUGUUCUAUAGGGUCUCUAUGAGUCUGAACUGACUCAAAGACAAUGGUUUUUUGUUUUUUUUUUAAAUAGGGUUCCCAAGGCUGUAAAAUCUUUAUGGGAGCAGACUGCCACAUCUUUCUCCCAUGGAGUGGCUGGUGGGUUCAAACCACCAAUCUUUUGGUUAGCAGCUGGGCGCUUAACCACUGUGCCACCAGGGCUCCUUAUUUGUUUUUUAAACAUACACACACGCACACACACACACACACAUGCAUACAAUUAUAUAUAUGCAUGCACAUAAAAUCCUUCUAUUGAGCACCUUCUAUGUGUUGGGCACUGUCCUGGGCUCUGAUGAAACAAACAGUAUGUCAGUGCACAGUCAAGGAGUGAGGACCAGUAAAGCAGGGUGAGGGCAGCGAUCACGGUGCCAGGGGCUGGGGAAGCUCGAAGCAGGGGCUCCCUUCUUUGGUCUUCAUCAUCCUCGUAUUCUGUCUCUUCUAAUUCCUUACCCAGUGGAUGAACCAGGAGCAUGCACAGUUCAUCUUGGUGGAAAGCCCUGUCCCUCUGGCUCCUCUCCUUGACCUCAUCCACAGAAAGGGGAAGCCUAGCGUGAUCAGGCUCUCUUCUCAUCCUAAUCCUACCUGGGUCAGAGGGGAACUUCACUUAUGAACAGUGUGGCUGGCCUGGGUCAUGCAGGUGACGCAAGGCCACUGGGCUGCUCAGGUCGUUGAAAGCUAAAAGACACAGAGUGCUUCAAGGGGUUAGUUUAAAUGAACCUGCAGAAAUAGAGCCAGAUGACUAUUUAGGGAUAUAGUGGCAGAAUAAAUAGUAUUUUGUUUAAUGGAUAUACCAAUUCUAAUCACCUAAACCAUUUGAUAAACCAGGAUAUGAGAAACUGCUUAGAAAAAAAUGUGAUUAGAGAAAUUAGAAGGAGCUGUUAGGUGUGCCUAUAAUUAUUUUCAUGCAAAUACAUAAGGAAAACCAGUCUUUUAGCUUUUGUUUUGUACCAGUAUGCCUAGGUCAAAGGCAUAUUGAGUCAUUCCUAGCAUUUAAAGGGGUGUGGUGGUUUGUAUUUGGUGGGGGAGAGGUUAUUUUUUCUUUUCCUUUUCUUUUUAUUUUGGAGACAAUUUUCCAUCUUUAUCACUUUUUUGUUAUUGUUUUUUCCCUGGACCUUUUGCUGUGAUCAUGUUUAACUUCCCAUUAUGGAAUUGGGCUGGAAGAGCUAGAGUUCAGCCUGAAGAUCUUUUCAUCUCUAGAUGAUAUGUUUUUAAGAAAUGCUAAAUACACUCAUCAUACUGUCUUCUAGAGAAUAUUUGUUUUUAAGAUCCUUGUACAUCCAUCUGGGAAAAAAAAAUAAAAAGCAACCAAAUAGUCUUUAUUCAAAUUCUAAAUUCUCUGGGAACAGAUUGUCACAGAACAUACAAUGAUGAAAGUCCAAAAAGGAAACCUGGGUUAGAGGAAUCAUAGGUAUUCAUCACACAUGCCAAAUACAGUAAUGCUUUUUAAGUAAUACAUGGACCUUCUGUUGUCUUUUGGUUAGAUGCGUCCUGCUUUGUAGCAAUUCCUUUAUUGACUGUUAUUGUGUCCCAUCUAGUCGAUUCCAAUUCAUACUCAAAGCGACCCUACAGGACUGAGUAGAAUUGCCCCAUAGGUCUCCAAGGCUGUAAUCUUUAUGGGAGCAGGUUGCCAUUAUGCCACCAGGGCUCCUUUUUAUUGAUUGUUUCAUACUUUUUCUUUAUGGAAAAAAUCUUCUAAAUAUUCAUAUUCAGCAUAUGUCUAUUCUGCUGAUCCUAAAGAUGUGAAAAAGGAGGUUCAUUCUCCUUGUCACAUCAACAGUGAAAAUUAUCACAAAACCAAAAUAAUUGAUUUGAAAGCUCAUAUAAUUCAAUAAUUGGUUUUAGGACCAAACCAUACUUAUUUCUUUUUAAAUCAGUCAUUCAGAGCUGACAAUUUUAGAUGUCAUAUAGGAUCCCUGUGGAAAUAGGAAGAAUCCAUCUGUUAAGUAAAAAUGCGUUGGCUUUGCUUGGCCUAUCAGUCUCCAUAUUCGCAGUGACUUUCCAGUGUUGACUGGCAUUGUGCGUUGAGAAGCAGUCUUUCAGGUACGGUGUGUGUAUGUCAGAGCUUCCUACUAGUGGCACUCCUUGUGUAACCGUGACGUUUGUAAUGCUGGUGAUUCGUGUCAAAGUACAGUAUCUAAGUCCAAUUUUUCAUUGGUUUUAGAAGGCUUUUGUCUUUAACAUAUUGCUUUAAGUCACUUAAAAUUGACUCUUGAAAGAGAGACCAUUCUGUGUUUACAUAAUUGCAACCUCAAGUGUGCCUUAUGGAUUUUGGUAGGCAUUCUCCAAGCCUUCUGUUGUGUAGUUAUCAAGGGUGGUUAUUACCAUUUACCAUGUAGGAAACCAAGAGAUGUUUACUGACUUAUGCUGGGUGACAGCAUUGCUGCUAGGCUUGUUAGCUGUUUUCUUCUCUUUUCUAAAUAGAUGAAAAAAUUUACCUGCAAUACAAUCAGAAAUAUAAUUGUCAGAUGUCCAGGUAUGAAUAGAGAUCUCCAUGUAGGAACCUUUGGGAUCCAUCCCAAAAGGAAGCACAAAACAAAGUUAUAUUAGAUCAUGAUUUUUGUGUGGGUUAGAAUAUUUUACUAAUUUCAAGAGUAUUCUUCUUAUAAAGAACUAUAGCUACCCAACACAGAUAAUUUUAAGAUUUUUGUUAUAGAAAAGCUCAGCCAUACCUUUAGCCUUCUUGUCUCAGGACCUCAUUUUGUGCUUUAAGCUUUCUUGGUUCCUGGCCCUCCUCUUGGUUCCUCAAUUUCCAUAAUUUGAUGGCUACUUGACAUUGUAUUAUAUGUCCUGCUACCAUGUAAAAAUCCCUAUACACCUGUUAUAAUAUCAUUAUUGUUGUGGUUAUUGUUAUUACAGCAGCUAACUUUAUAUAAUGCUUACUAUGUGCCAGCCACUGCUCCAAGCACUUACCUGUAUUAGGCCAUUUAAUUCUCAGAACAACCCUAUGAGGCAAAUGCUAGCAUUAUUUACAUUUUACCAGUGAGGAAACUGAGGCACAGUGAGGUUAAGUAACUUGCUCAAGGUCGGCUCACAAGUCUAUGAAGAAGGGAUGUUGAUGUUAAAAAUCUUAGGAAUAGUUUAGUUGCCAUAAUAGCAAAUUUUUGAAAAGUUCCCCCUGUAUUUCUAAUUAGACAUGGCAUUAUUUUAUGUUACCACCUUCUGUGCUCUCUGAGCUGCUUUCCCACCAUUAAACCACUACUAUUGUCCCACAAGGACCACCUGAUCAGUUUCUGAAUUGAGUCCCAACAUACACGUCUUAAGCUGUUGCACACGUAUGUUAAGGCUGAGUGUCCUCUGUCUUACAUGAAAUUCUUAUUUUCUGAUGAAUGGGAUAAAAUACAAUGGAGAUAGUGAAAUGUUAACAGUUCCAAAUGUGUUUCUGUUACUUUAAAUGUAAAGGAGAUUGACAGUGAGAAGGAGAAGAAGAGAAGCAAUAAGUGGAAAUAAGAGAAUGGCAGAAAGAAAAAUCCAGUAAAGUGCCUUCCUUCUGUAAUAAGGAACAAACAAUUCCUGGUAAUUUAGCACUUACUAUAGCAUUUUUUUUUUUUU